GAAGAUGCGUGCUGAAUGGCUGAGCUCUGUUUGUGUGUUUCUCCAGGUGUGGUGGAGGGCGACCCGGCGGCCGUCGAGGCCUACAAAUCAUCUGGCGGCGACAUCGCCCGGCAACUGACGGCAGACGAGGUGCGGCUGCUCAACCGGUCCUCGGCCUUCGAUGAUGGCUUCACACUAGUGCACCUGGCCAUCCGCUUCCAGAGGCAGGACAUGCUGGCCAUCCUUCUCACGGAGGUGUCGCAGCAGGCAGUCAAGUGUAUCCCAGCCAUGGUGUGUCCAGAGCUGACGGAGCAGAUUCGCCGGGAGAUCGCUGCCUCCCUGCACCAGCGCAAGGGAGACUUCGCCUGCUACUUCCUCCCUGACCUGGUCACCUUCACCCUCCCAGCAGACAUUGAGGACCUGCCUCCCGCUGUUCAGGAGAAACUCUUUGAUGAGGUGCUGGACCGGGAUGUGCAGAAAGAAUUGGAGGAGGAGUCGCCGGUUAUUAACUGGUCUCUGGAGCUUGGCACGAGGCUGGACAGCCGGCUGUACGCGUUGUGGAACCGCACGGCCGGAGACUGUCUGCUGGACUCAGUGCUUCAGGCCACCUGGGGGAUCUACGACAAAGACUCGGUCCUCCGCAAGACGCUGCAUGACAGCCUACACAACUGCUCCCACUGGUUCUACACACGCUGGAAGGAGUGGGAAUCCUGGUACUCUCAGAGUUUUGGCCUGCACUUCUCCCUGAGAGAGGAGCAGUGGCAGGAAGAUUGGGCUUUCAUACUGUCUUUAGCCAGCCAGCCUGGGGCAAGCCUGGAGCAGACACACAUUUUUGUUCUUGCACACAUUCUCCGUCGGCCGAUCAUAGUCUACGGAGUCAAGUAUUACAAGAGUUUCCGUGGUGAGACGCUAGGCUACACGCGAUUCCAAGGUGUGUACCUGCCUUUGCUAUGGGAACAGAGCUUUUGUUGGAAAAGCCCUAUUGCUCUUGGUUACACAAGAGGCCAUUUCUCUGCAUUGGUUGCCAUGGAGAACGAUGGCUAUGACAAUCGAGGCGCAGGCGCCAACCUCAACACUGAUGAUGAUGUCACAGUGACGUUCCUGCCACUGGUGGACAGUGAGAGGAAGCUGCUGCACGUCCACUUCCUGUCUGCUCAAGAGAUGGGGAACGAGGAGCAGCAGGAGAAGCUCCUGAGGGAGUGGCUGGACUGCUGUGUGACGGAGGGGGGCAUGCUGGUGGCGCUGCAGAAGAGCUCCCGGCGCAGGAACCACCCCCUGGUCACGCAGAUGCUGGAGAAGUGGCUCGACGGAUACCGGCAGAUCCGCCCUUGUGCCGCCCUCUCAGACAGCGAGGAGGAGGAGGAUGAUGAAGACGAAUGAGUGGCUGGAUGAGAGUGCACUAAGGGAGAGACACUGGGGUGGGGUGGGGUGGACGGGGACGCCCUCAGGGUGGUGGUGAUGGUGGUCAGGGUGGGGCAGGCGCAGGCGCACCACAGAUCACAUACUUGCUCACACAUUCAUAGUCAGACAGAAACACACACACACACACACACACACACACACACACACACACACACAGCUCUCCUCUUCCUAGCAGAGGUGUAUGGCCUGCUACCAUUUCAGAGCCACAAAAGACAGCCGAGGUGAGGAGCAUGUUUUGUUUUUGUGGAGCUGGACAUUGAACCCCUGCCUGAAACACACCACACCCAUUGCAAAAAAACCCAGCUGUGACUGGAUAGAGCAUCAAGAUCGAUUUUAAAUAAAGGAUUCUAGUUUGAGGAAAUGUUAAACUGUACGAAAUAAUCAACAUAUAUAAAUCUAUGUAUAUUCUCCCGUUUCUUCCCCUCCCAUCAAUCUGUAAAUCUGUAUCCAUCAAGAAUGCAUGUGAUUGAGGGUGUGUUAUAGGAACGUGACCAGCAUUGAAAGAGGGAGGUCUUUAAAGAGAUUUAUUAUGGGCACUUACAAAGCACAUUUUCCAAUGAUAAUGUUUUUUUUUUUUCUUUUCAUAAGAGUUUCUGGUUGGCUUUCUGAGAUAAAUGUGAGUUACUAGAUUGAAGUAAGGCCACAGAAGCAAUCAUCGGUCACCACAGCCUUUACAGCAGAUUGAAAGUUGUAUAUCUGUUGUAAAGUUGUUUCUGUUGAUAUUGACAGCCACUCACACACUAAAAGAGAUUAUUUGUGGCAUAACAGCCUGAGAGAAACCCCCUGGAUGGCAAUGACGGGCCACUAUCCCUUGUUUUUAUUUUGUGAAGUUUUCUUUUUUCUCUUGUUUACCCCUGUUGCAAGCCUUCUGAAAUAUUUUUGUUGACUGUAUUUAUUUGUUUAGGAGUGCUAGCAUCAGAGGAGCUGUGUAACUUUACCCCUCCCUUCAUGACAUGUUCUGUUUCCCCCCUUCUGUGGUUCUGUUCAUUCAAUCUUGACAAAUGUUUAUGUUGCACAAAAAUACAUACUCUUGCUGUGAGAAAAAAAGAUCUGUACAAGUUUACUGACAUUUUGAACAAUGUGUUAUCUAGUACCUCGUGAUGUUAUGACCCGGUGCUCCCUCCUCGAAGGAGGGAGGGGAUGGACACCAAACGCAUCCAGCUUCUGCAGAGUGCAUUAACAUUAAAUUAGAAACACUUCUAUCUUACCUGCCUCUCACACUGACUCCUUCCUCAUUCAUAUGAGUUAAACAGCUUCUGUUGAAUAAAUAUUUAUUUUUAAUUAAA